AAAUAGUACUUACAUGUACAUAGGUGUACAAUAAUAUUACGGGAAUCUAUACCAAGUCUAUACUACGUCAAUUUUUGUGAAAAUUUUAUACUGUUUACACAGUGAGAAAAACAAAAUAUAAAUUUUAUUAGUAAAAUGGAAUCGAAGACAUUAAAAAGUAUUUUUAGUUUAAGUUGUUUCAUGACAAUUUUAAUAAUAAUUUUAAUAACGGUGAACAUAAUUUUAAUACAUUACAUACGUAAACCUGCUCAUGAAUUCAUCGUGUAUGGAUAUGAAUGUAAGCAAAACAAAUGCGUUAAAAUUGAAUUGGAUGAAACGAAUUUCGAGAAAGCUGUAAGUCUUUCUGUAUGUAGAAUAUUUUGUGGAGAAAAUAUUGGUACACUAUGGCCUAAACCUUCAGGAGAAGUGAAAUUGGAUACCUAUAUGGCUCACAUAAAUUCAAAAAGGAUAGAUUUUGAUUUUCCAAGAAUUGAAGGACAUUUAGAAAUGUGGAAAGAAAGCAAAGAGCGUUUGAUGAACCAAAUUCAUGCACAAGUUCCAGAUUUAACCUUAUUAAAAGAUGAAGGCAGAUUAUUAAAUAUCAAACUAUUGGUUGAAGAUGACGCAACACAAUUAACAAUGAAUACAGAUGAAAGCUAUACUUUAAAAUUAAGUGUAGGAAAUAAUGAAGUUUUUGCAGAAAUUAGUGCUAAAACAUAUUUUGGUGCUAGACAUGGAUUAGAAACAUUGUCUCAAUUAAUUGUUUAUGAUGACAUUCGUAGACAAAUACAAGUUCCUGCUGAAGCUGAAAUUCAUGAUAAACCUGCAUACCCGCAUCGUGGAUUGUUAUUGGAUACUUCUAGAAAUUAUUUUUCUGUUGAUUCAAUCAAAAAAACUAUUGAUGGCAUGGCUAUGACAAAAUUGAAUACAUUCCACUGGCAUAUAACAGAUUCACACAGUUUUCCAUUAGUUAUUAAAUCAAGACCAGAUCUUUAUAAAUUGGGAGCAUAUUCUUCACGUCAAAUAUAUACACCUGAAGAUGUCAAAGAAAUUGUUAAUUUUGCUCGUGUUCGUGGAGUUCGUGUUAUUCCUGAAUUUGAUGCUCCAGCCCAUGUUGGUGAAGGUUGGCAGAAAACGAAUAUGACUGUGUGUUUUGGAAUACAACCAUGGAAUCAAUAUUGCGUUGAACCACCAUGCGGCCAAUUGAAUCCAACUAUCAGUGAGUUAUAUGAUGUUCUUCAAGAUAUUUAUAGAGAAAUGUUAGAAAUGUUCCAACAUCCUGACAUAUUCCAUAUGGGAGGAGACGAAGUAUCAAAUACCUGUUGGAAUACAAGUGAACAAAUUCAAAAUUGGAUGAAAGAACGUCACUGGGAAUUGAAUAAUGAUGGCUUUGUUCAGUUAUGGGGUCAUUUUCAAGAUAACGCUUUAGAACGUGUUGAUCGAGUAUCCGAAAGUAAAUUACCAAUUAUAAUGUGGACUAGUCAUUUAACUGAAAAAGAAUAUAUUGAAAAGUAUUUGGAUAAAAAUCGUUACAUUAUACAAGUUUGGACCACAGGACAAGAUGUUAAAGUUAAAACAUUAUUACAACUCGGUUACAGAUUAAUUUUAAGUAACUAUGACGCUUUAUACUUUGAUUGUGGGGGUGCUGGUUGGGUCAAUGAUGGAAAUAAUUGGUGUUCACCAUAUAUUGGAUGGCAAAAAGUAUAUGAAAACCGCCCUAAAAAAAUAGCUGGGGAAUAUCUUAAUCAAAUAUUGGGUAGCGAAGCAGCAAUUUGGUCAGAACAAAUUGAUGACACAACUUUAGACGCUAGAUUUUGGCCAAGAGCUAGUGCUCUUGCUGAACGUUUAUGGAGUGACCCAGAUGAAAGUUGGAGAAAGGCUGAAUCCCGUUUAUUAUUGAACCGAAAACGGCUAGUCGAAAAUGGUAUUCAAGCCGAAGCCAUGCAACCACAAUGGUGUUUACAAAACGAAGGAGAAUGCCCUAUUGUAAGAAAUUAAUUAUUUGAAAUAAAUUUUUUUUGGAUUUUCUAA